AUGUGGAAACAACUUGACUGUUGUCCUGUUCUGGCCAUCAACCUGUUGGCAAGAAGUGUGAUCUUGCUGUGCGGCACAGAGACGGACGGGGGAUCUAACGAUAGGCCGCGCGGAUCUGGGCGGAACAAGCCGGCUUUCUGGGCGAUACCGGGAGGCGAUCCGGGCGGCAACUGCCGCGCUGAUCUGGGCGGGGACGGCCGGAUUACUGUCGGCAACGGGCGGCGAUCUGCGCGGCAACAGAAGGCGUUCGUAUCGCCAGCUUGCACGUCUCUUUGGCUCUCUCUGCUCCCUGUCCCUUCCAUAAUCCAACUUCCAUCCCUCCUCUCUCCCUUCCAGGCGGGUCGGAACCAGAUGAGGAAACCGGCCGGCCUCUUGAAGACAGAUCCAGACGAGGAGACCGGGAAAGAAGCUGAGGACCUCCCGGAGUUCAACAUGUCGUACAAGCCGCAGAAGAUCAGCCGCAAGUUCCCCCUCUCAUACCAUCUCGCUGACCCGGACGAGGAGACCGGCAAGGAGGCCGAGGACCUCCCGGAGUUCAACGUGUCGUACAAGCCGCAGAAGAUCUCCCCCAAGUUCCCCCACAGCGUGCGCGCGCUGCUACACUCCAAGAUCCGCGACUCGUUCCACCACCCGCAGCGUAUCGAGAGAGUUGAUUGGCAAGCAUCCCCACCCACUCUCUCCCUUACCAUCCCCACCCACUCUCUCCCUUACCAUCCCCACCCACUCUCUCCUUUACCAUCCCCACCCACUCUCUCCCUUACAAUCCCUACCCACUCUCUCCCUUACCAUCCCCACCCACUCUCUCCCUUACCAUCCCCACCCACUCUCUCCCUUACAAUCCCUACCCACUCUCUCCCUUACCAUCCCCACCCACUCUCUCCCUUACCAUCCCUACCCACUCUCUCCCUUACCAUCCCCACCCACUCUCUCCCUUACCAUCCCCACCCACUCUCUCCCUUACCAUCCCCACCCACUCUCUCCCUUACCAUCCCCACCCACUCUCUCCCUUACAAUCCCUACCCACUCUCUCCCUUACCAUCCCCACCCACUCUCUCCCUUACCAUCCCCACCCACUCUCUCCCUUACCAUCCCUACCCACUCUCUCCCUUACCAUCCCCACCCACUCUCUCCCUUACCAUCCCCACCCACUCUCUCCCUUACCAUCCCCACCCACUCUCUCCCUUACCAUCCCUACCCACUCUCUCCCUUACCAUCCCUACCCACUCUCUCCCUUACCAUCCCCACCCACUCUCUCCCUUACCAUCCCCACCCACUCUCUCCCUUACCAUCCCCACCCACUCUCUCCCUUACCAUCCCCACCCACUCUCUCCCUUACCAUCCCCACCCACUCUCUCCCUUACCAUCCCUACCCACUCUCUCCCUUACCAUCCCUACCCACUCUCUCCCUUACCAUCCCCACCCACUCUCUCCCUUACCAUCCCCACCCACUCUCUCCCUUACAAUCCCUACCCACUCUCUCCCUUACCAUCCCCACCCACUCUCUCCCUUACCAUCCCCACCCUCUCUCUCCCUAACCAUCCCCACCCACUCUCUCCCUUACCAUCCCCACCCACUCUCUCCCUUACCAUCCUACCCACUCUCUCCCUUACCAUCUCCACCCACUCUCUCCCUUACCAUCCCCACUCGCAUAUUCCUCGCGGGUGA